AUGCCCCGCAGCCUUUUGGUCUCCCGGCUCCGGGAGCUCCGGGCUCCACCCUCUCGGGUGCUGGGCGCGCUGCUGGUGGCGCGGCUGGAGGGCCCGCACGAAGCCCGGCUCCGAGCCGAGCUGGAGGCGCAGCGGGAGCAGCUGCUGCGGCGCAGCCCGUGCGUGGCCGGCCCGGCCCUGGACGCCUUCGUGGAGCGGGUGCUGGCGGCCGGACGGCUGGGGCGCGCCGCGCUCGCCAACGCUUCGGGGCCCGCCAACGCCUCGGACCCCGCCUGGGACUUUGCCUCGGCCCUCUUCUUCGCCAGCACGCUGGUCACCACCGUGGGCUACGGCUACACGACGCCGCUGACCGACGCGGGCAAGGCCUUCUCCAUCGCCUUCGCGCUCCUGGGCGUGCCGGUCACCAUGCUGCUGCUGAGCGCCUCGGCCCAGCGCCUGUCGCUGCUGCUGACCCGGGCCCCGCUGUCCUGGCUGAGCGAGCGCUGGGGCUGGGACCCCCGGCGGGCGGCCCGCUGGCACCUGGCCGUCCUGCUGGGGGCUGUGGUGACUGUCUGCUUCCUGGUGCCGGCCACGGUGUUUGCCCACCUCGAGGAGGCCUGGAGCUUUCUGGAUGCCUUCUACUUCUGCUUUAUCUCUCUGUCCACCAUCGGCCUGGGCGACUACGUGCCCGGAGAGGCCCCUGGCCAGCCCCACCGGGCCCUCUACAAGGUGCUGGUCACAGUCUACCUCUUCCUGGGCCUGAUCGCCAUGGCGCUGGUGCUCCAGACUUUCCGCCGCGUGUCCGACAUUCACGGCCUCACAGAGCUCAUCCUGCUGCCCAAUCCGGACCCUGCCAGCCUCACCGAGGAGGAUGAUCGCGUGGACAUUCUGGGCCCCCAGCCCGAGCCGCGCCAGCAACUCACAGCCGGCUCCCACGCCGACUACGCUUCCAUCCCCAGGUAGCAGGGCAGGCGCCCUGAGGCUGGAUGGACCUGGCCUGGAACAUUCUAGAACCUCUGCGAGCACAUGCCGGUGUUCCUGAGGCAUCGCCACCAACUGUCCUUCCUGUUUUACCUGUCCUGGCCUCCGCCGGGCGCCCACACCGCCUUGUCCUCCCUGCCCCUUCUCUCGUU